AUGUCGACUGUUUCUGCAUCGAAAGCGAAGAGAGAGGCCAAGAAGGCAGCCAAGGCUGCUGAGGGAAAGCUCAAGACCAAGAAAUUGACCAAAAAGGAAAAGGAAAAGCUUGAAGCCGAAGGAGACGUCACUUCUACAGCAGAAGAGAUUGAAAAGCUCAAGUUGCAACAGGACAAAGAAGGAAUGAGUGACAGAGUCACCACUGGUGUGUUGGACUCGUUGGAGACAUCCAGAGAUAUCAAGAUGUCUUCUGUGUCGCUUCUUUUCCACGGUAAGGUGCUUUUACAAGACUCUUCUUUGGAAUUGAACUACGGUAGACGUUAUGGAUUGCUUGGAGAGAACGGUUGUGGUAAGUCCACCUUUUUGAGAGCCCUUGCUGCCAGAGAAUAUCCUGUUCCUGAUCACAUUGAUGUGUACUUGUUGAACGAGCCAGCCAAUGCAUCUGAAUAUUCUGCAUUAGAGUGGGUCGUUAGAGAAGCUGAGGCCCAACUUGCCCGUUUGGAAAAGGAAGUUGAGGAUAUCAUUGUUGACGAGGGUCCAGAGUCCCCAUUGUUGGAGCCAUUGUACGAGAGAAUCGACGAGAUGGACCCAGCUACGUUUGAAUCCAGAGCUGCUGUUAUUUUGACCGGUCUUGGUUUCAAUGCCACCACCAUCAAGAAGAGAACCAUGGACAUGUCCGGAGGAUGGAAGAUGAGAGUUGCUCUUGCCAAGGCUUUGUUCGUCAAGCCAACCUUGCUUUUGUUGGACGACCCAACUGCCCACUUGGAUUUGGAAGCCUGUGUUUGGUUGGAAGAAUACUUGAAGAGGUUCGACAAGACCUUGAUUCUUGUUUCUCACUCUGAGGAUUUCUUGAACGGUGUUUGUACCAACAUGAUUGACAUGAGAUUGAAGAAGAUCACCAUGUACGGUGGUAACUACGAUGCUUACGUCAAGACCAGAACCGAAUUGGAAACCAACCAAAUGAAACAAUACCACAAACAACAAGAAGAAAUCCAGCAUAUCAAAAAGUUCAUUGCUUCGGCUGGUACUUAUGCUAACUUGGUUAGACAGGCCAAGUCCAGACAGAAGAUCCUUGACAAGAUGGAGGCCGACGGUUUGAUUCAGCCUGUUGUUCCAGACAGAGUCUUCAGUUUCACAUUCCCAGAGAUUGAGAGAUUGCCGCCACCAGUGCUUUCUUUCGACGACAUCUCUUUUGCCUAUGACGGUAAUCCAGAACACUACUUAUACAAAGACUUGUCCUUCGGUGUGGACAUGGAUUCGAGAGUGGCACUUGUGGGACCAAAUGGUGUGGGUAAAUCCACCCUGUUGAAGCUCAUGACGGGUGAGUUGCAACCUCAAAAGGGAAGAGUUUCCAAGCAUACACAUUUGAAGAUCGGAGUGUAUUCUCAGCACUCUGCAGACCAGCUUGAUCUGACCAAGACUCCAUUGGAAUUCGUCAGAGACAAGUUCUCGCAUAUUUCGCAGGACUUCCAGUAUUGGAGAGGUCAACUAGGAAGAUUCGGAUUGACUGGAGAAGGUCAGACUUCGCAAAUGGCAACCUUGUCCGAGGGACAAAGAUCUAGAGUUGUGUUUGCUUUGCUUGCUUUGGAGUCGCCUAAUGUUUUGUUGUUGGACGAGCCUACUAACGGAUUGGAUAUUCCAACCAUUGACUCUUUGGCCGAUGCUAUCAACAGUUUCAAUGGAGGUGUUUGUGUUGUUUCGCACGACUUCAGAUUGUUGGACAAGAUUGCUAAAGAUAUUUAUGUCGUUGAGAACCAAACUGCCACCAGAUGGGACGGAUCCAUUCUUUCCUACAAGGCUAAGUUGGCCAAGAAUAUUGUGCUUUAA